CAUGGGACAUAAUGAGUAAAUGUGGGAGGGGCAACUAUUGAUAAAAUUGUACACCAGCCACGCCCCCUCCAAUUAGUUUCAAACAAGGUGUGUUCAAGACUCAUGUUGUUCUCUUUUUGAGCAUGGGGUUUCUUCUCUGUCUACCUCCAUGGUAUUAAUUAAAAAGCGUUGCUUCUGGAUUACUGGCUGCCAACACUACUGGUGAUAAAAAAAAAGCAAUUUUAAAAUACAGGAAGACCCCAUGGCCAGUCUAUUAUUAAAUACCCACAGCCAGUUUUUAGCUGGUAUUCCGAUACCUCUUUUCGCGAUGACGUGUACCGUUCGCCGGUGCUCGGAGUAUGCGGGUUACCAGCUGUAAAGUGUGUUGUGUGUCGAUCCGUCUGCAAUGCAAAUCGUCGACUUUCGGAAUAGGCGUGACGAAUUUUUGCAGCCAAGGCUCAGAAAAAAACUGAAAUAUGAGCCCGCGCCAGCCGUUGCAAACGUCAGGUAGUUUUGUUCGAUGAUGUAGCAUAAAUUCCACGUGCACACCCCGCAAGAAAAAAAGUGCGGCCAUGCCCCGCAUAGGUAGAAAAGGCUGUAAGCCAAUCUCGGCCAGAGGUUACGCAUCAGCAGGCAUCCAGCAUCGAAUAUACAUCAAACGGGAGGAUGUCCCACGCUGGAACGUCAUCCGAGAACGAUCAGGUUACACAAAGAGCCCCGACUUCAUUCACUGGUUGAUUGAGGUCGCUGAACAACAUUUAAGGAUAAAAUCCGAGUACAAAGCAGAGAGUAACUCCGGCGAUGACUCACACACCAGCGACGAAUCAGAGGAGAGUGGAGACGGAGACGGAGACGGCACCGACGACGACGAUGAGGAUGAUGAAGACGGGGAUGAUGAGGAGGAUGACAACAUCCCAGACGUCAAAGAAGCGCCUCCCGAUGCCACACCCAUGGAUGCCUCGCCCUCCUCGAACCCAGAUGACCAGAAGCCAGCAGUGAAAGAGGAGGAGGAGCAGAUGAUCACAGAUGAUGGACGGAAGAGGAGAGGCUAUACCGCCUUGGCCAUCAAGGAUGUGGCCCCAGUCAUAUGCUUUGAUGUGAACGCGCCUCGCCAGCUGCGACCACGCCUCAAGCUGAAGUUGAAACCACUCAAGCAGGAGGCUGUGGUUGAUAAACCCAAAAGAGGCCGUAGGAAAUCUCUUAUAAGACAUCUAAAAAAGCCCAGAUUGAAAAAAGAAAGCGAGGGCUACUCCUGUAAGAAAUGCUGCCGCAUCUUCAGCGAUAGACCAGCUCUCCGUCAACAUCAAAUAGUUCACGCCGUAGACGACCUGACGUGCAGAGACUGCCAAAUGACAUUCAACUCAAAGUCUGCCAUGUGGGUCCAUCGCAAAGUCCAGCACAGUGCCAAGACUCUUGCCUGUGAGCACUGCGAUCUAAAAUUCUCCCGGAAGUACCAGCUGAAGGAGCACAUGCGCGGCCACAAAGGGGUGAAGCCUUUCGCAUGUCCGACCUGCAAUAAGAAGUUUCGCACCACAGCUCACCUGAGCUCCCACAUGGAUCUCCACAGCAACUUCCGGCGCUACCUGUGCGACCUAUGUGGGCUUACAUUCCACCGACGUGACCUGUUGUCCCGUCAUAUCAUCAAACACUCACAGCCAAAGACUUACACUUGCGAGGAAUGCGGAAAGGUCUUCGCCUACAAGGUGACAUUGCAAGACCACCUGAUACGCCACCAGAACGUGAAAGCUGGCAAGACCCCAUACAAGUGUCAGACCUGCUUGAAGGAGUUCUUCACCCCUAAAUCAUACCAGCACCACAUGGGACGACAUCGGGGGGAGAAGGUGUUCGCCUGCGACCAGUGCGACAAGAAAUUCAAGCAGAAGUUCUACUUGGAUCGCCACAAGAUCAUACACAGAGAGGAGAAACCCUUCACCUGCAGCAACUGUGGACGUGGGUUCACACAGCACUCCAACAUGGCUAUUCAUAUGAGGACUCAUACCGGUGAGAAACCAUAUCAAUGUGAUCUUUGUGAAAAGGCUUUCGCCCACAACGUCAGUCUGAAGACGCACAAGAAGACCGCGCACGGCAUUGAUUUGUGGCAGCACGAUAAAACAAAGCCCAUCGUCGCACUGGGAAGACCCAAAGGAGAUUCCAAGAAAAAGUCCCCGCCGAAGAUCCGACUGAAGUCCCGGGCCGUCGCAGCUGAGAUGCAGAUCCAAUCUGAUCUAUACCAAGCUGCAGUUGAAUUUGCUCGAGAGAGACUUGCCCCUCUUGCAUUCCCUGCAAUUCCAUCAAUCCCUGCAAUUCAUGGAUCCCCGGAGGAGCAAAUGUCAUCUCCUCACAGCCCAUCAGACAGUGAAGAGGAGAGUCCAAGCCCUGGAAGCUCAACAGUUGAUACCCAUCCCACUGCAGGUAUCAAACCACUGCUCGAUCACCGCUCAGUCCACAACCACCAACAGGUUCAUGAUCGCCAACAAGCUCACGAGUGCCAUUUAACUCGUGACCACCAGCCAACCCCAGACCACCUUGCAGAAUCGAAUGCAGCCCGUGACCAGAAUCUCAAUCAUGAUCAUCAGCAGCCAUCUCACAAGCUACAUCCACCUCAUGACAACCACCACCAAGAUUUCAGACACCACCCAAACCCUGACAUCCACAAGCAGAUGUCAUCAGUACCACAGCAAUACCAAGAGCAUACCCAGCAGACACAGCAAGAUAUGACUGAACAACUCACACGAGGGUCUCAUCAAUUCCAUGAUCAUGAGCAGCAGCAGCAAUCUACUCGUGACGUACGUGAGCAGCUGACUCCAAUACCACAGCCCUACCCAGAACAUUCCACUGUGGAGCAGCAGAAUGCAGCAGCGGUAGCAGCUGCAGCGAGCCGAUCUCAAACCCCUAAUUCAUCAGUGAACAGCAGCAUUGAACAACCGUUUGCCCACAUCAUCCACAACCCAGUCAUGCACUCCGUCAGUGAGCACCCGUUGAGAUUGGAGAAGCCCAGUUCCCCAUUCAGUCACAUCCUCCACUCCCCAAAUGCCCACUCCGAGUACCCUUCCAGGCAUGAGAAGGUCGAGCAAUGGCACCAUCGCAACUCUGAAGCCCUCUCCUGGAUGUCCAGGGGUGUGUCUCAUGCACAGCUCAUGCAAGGUCUUAGAGCAGUCACACCCAACAUGAUGCACCCAGUAUCCCAAGCAUUGGGUAUGUUAAACCCAGAAGCCCAAGAGCAUGUUAACCUUGUUGGGGGUUACGCCCACUCUGCCUACAUACAGAGGAGUAAUUCAACGGCCUCACAGCCUAUGCAGCCGCCCUCCUGGAGAAGUUAACUGGCAGGUUAAGUACAAAGAAAACAAAAAAAACACUCAAAUAUUUGGCUGCACUAUCAAAUUUUGACUUUCUUAUAAUACACUGAAAAAGUAAUUGCAUAUGAAAUUUUGGUAAAUCACUCAUUUGAAAUAAUAAACUGGUUGAAAAUUAUUAUCACUAAAAUUGAAGUUGUUCUGACAGCCACAUAUUUUAGUGUACAAUCACAGUGUAUUUUUGGUCUUUUAAAUUUACUUUAAUGUAUUUUGUUUUCUUUAACAAGAACACAGUUUGGAAUCAGCUCGUUGUUAUUCGAGUUGAUCAGGAAACUAAACCAGCCAAUAAAUUAUUCCAUAGAGUACAUGUACAUUUAAUGACAACAGGGUUCCAGUGGUGGUAUACCAACUCACCUUACAUCAAUGCUGUGCCUCCGAAGUUGGAUUCAUUGCGAUGCACCCCCAUGGGACGUCCACAGAGCUCCUCCCACCACUGGGGUUACCAUGCUUUCAUCUGAAGUCACCCAUGUUUCCUCUGAUUAGGUUCACUGUUAAAAUAAUUAGGGAUUGUUAACCAGGCCUGUUUGCUUCAUUUUUGAAAGGGCAAGGGCACUCUAUGAGAAAAUUACAAAUUUCUACAGGAGGUUCCCCCUAAAAUGUUUGAAUGCACGCAAGACUUGGUAUGGUCUACAUAGCUCGGUAAGUUUAUAAUUCAUGUAGUUUUAUUGACACAGUGCAGUCAUCUUGGUGAGUUUUCCCUAUAUGCAGGUCAGUUUGUAAUGCUUACUUCUGUCAAUAAAUAACGGGCUAGCCUUUUUUUCUUCCCCCUACGCCUACAGCCCUGGUUUGGUCAAGUGGAUGUACUUGGGCAACACAAAAUAAAAACAGGAUGACUGCAUUGUGUUUUCAGAUAAAUGGGUAUGUCAUAUAAUGUGGAUAACGGAAAUUGUUUAUUGGAAACGUGUACAUGGUUGAGUAUAUCAAAUACACAUUGCGUCAAUGUGCUGUAGGGUUAGCAUGUAUUACUGCCACAGAGCUGUAAAGACUAAUGGUGAAAGUAGGACAAGACGAGGCUUCAUGUUGAAAAGGUCACUGCCAUAUAUUUGCAGCUUUUCUGCAGACUCUGCAAGAUCGCAUAAUUCCAAUUCUCAAUGAUGAAACAUCUUGCCCAGUUUGCACUUAACUGUCAUUUAAGAGUAAUGAACCGUUCUGAGAAAUGUGCAUUACACAUCACACAGGACCAAUGGCAUUGUGGCCAUCCAAAGUACAAUGCAAAGUGUCUAACUCUAGGACACAAGUGUCCAGACCGGAACUCAAACCCACACUCUGCUGAUCAGAAUCGUCAGAGCCAUGAGUCUAGGGCUUUUCACCGCUCGGCAAUGACGUGCCACAGUUAUAGCUAAUAAGGCCAUGGGGUUAUUUCAUGUGCAGAGUCUGCAGAAAGCCUGCAUAGUGCUCUUUUAUGACGAGUAGCCUUUUUAAAGUGCUUCAUGCUUGGAACAAACCAAUGUGUGUGUUAACUAAUCGCUAGUUAUAUGUUACAGGUGAACAGUAAUGUCUAUGUGUGUAUUUAGCAAAAGGAGAACACGGCAUAGGUUAACAAACGUUGAAGUUAGUGCAUAUAUAUAUGUCUUGUACAUGUACUGUAUGUUAGAAUGGAGGCAGAUAAAGAAAUUCGCUGCGAUAGUGAAAGGCCAUUGUUUGUCCGCCAUUUUGCGGACUUAUAAUUAUAUUUAAUCUUUAGCAGUACCAGAGAUCUUCAUUAACAUAAGGUAGAAACCAGUGGUUUUGAGGGCAUUCGUAGAGGACAUUACCUUGGUUGUCUAGUGUAGUAUUGUUCACUAUGUGAAGGUUGAUCAUUCAAUCAAAGUCAGAGUCUGUGUUUUUUUGCUGAAGAAGACCUAGAAAUUAACAAAAGAGCCUUGUUUUUUGCAUUGUUCUGGGGGGCCAGAUGCCUUUAGGUAAAUCUUCACAGUAGCAAUGCACCAGUAGGAACUUGAAAUGUCUUGGUUUUGUUGAUGGUGUUCAUUUAGGAGCCGAGUGUGUAACAGAGAAGUCUGUUUUAUAUUGUAUACAAAUUAUAUGUGCACAGAUUUAUAGUCAGGUGUACUCUAAUCGUCUGUCCGUUUGUUUUUGUCUUGAGUUUUUUCGGCUGUGCUUGUACAAACAUAUGCAACAUUUUUGUGACACAAACGUUUUAUGGUUGAAAAUUCCACUACUUGGUGACCUAUUUGUAGGAGUAGCUGUGUUUUGGUUUGGUGCGUGGCUUUGGUGGAAAGACCUUAUUACAUGUAGGUAGGACUUAAAGUGCACAUUUAAAAUUGACGAGUAAGAUGGGUUUGCUUCAAUGACAACCAAGACGCUUUGCAAAUGAUCAUGGCGAAGUCUUCAAAAGACAUUCUUCUCUAGAAUCGUAAUGCUCUGAAUGCAAUUUUUCAACUCGUGUGCAUGUGGUUGCUAGUAUCUUAAAUAAGUUCUUUUGUAAAUGCCCUCCGAACCAGAAAAGUCAAAUGUACCAUCGGAUAUCUUUGUAGAAACUACAUGAGGGGUAAAUUUAGGCAGCAGUAUACCACAUACAUGUGCAUGCACAUGUAGUGUUAUUGCUAGUGUUGUGAAUGCGUGCCUAGAAGUCGGAAUAUGUGUGUGUGUAAUCAUGGAGGCUCCAUGGUGUAAUCAAGGGUGAAAUGCACCCUCAGCUCAUCUCUAAUUGUACUUGUCCAUGUAUGUUACUUUGUACAGUGGAAGUGAAACCAAAGCAAAUCAUUGUUUAGUCAUUGGUGAUCGGAGAUACCAUUUAUUGUAGAUUCAAUCUUGGUGAAAAAAAGUAGGUAAAGAUGGGUAGGGGCUGAUUCAUUAUAACACAGGCCUGGAAUUACACGUAGGCCACUGGGCGGCAGCCAUGGCCACCCUUUGCCAAUGGUAUUGGCCUUGUUGCCCUUCAAAAGUUUCCCAUGGACUUUAAGAUUUUCCAGUGGAAGUGCCCUUUGCAAAAUGAAAAUGGCCUUGCUCUUUUCAAGAUGAAUUCCAGGCCUGGUAAUGUACAGAUUCUAGUGAUAUUGUUAAUACAUGCAAUUGGCGCAAGCAUGGUGUCAUGAGUUGUCGACGAUGGUAUUGUCAUCGACAACACCUUCGGAGUGUAAAAGUUGUAGAAUGUUAUAAGUAGAGAUCUAUAUGUAGCGAGUGUAAUUCUACUGUAAAUUACUGUAUUACAAAACAUUUGUUAACAUGUCGGGCAGUCAAACUGUGUUUUGUGUUUCUUUGGUGAUGUUGUAAACAAUAUUGAAGGCAAACUUAAAGUUUGGUUUUUCCAUCUUUUUCUCAUAUAUUUUUAAAAUCGUGUUUUGGAUUCCAAGUUUUUUGUAAAGGAACCCUGUCUUUGUUUUUAACUUUAAAAAAUAUUCAAUAAAAUUGAAUAUUUAGUAUAACAAAAUAUUUAAAGUAAAAAUCAGUAAAACUGAACAUCAGAAUAAUUGAAUAUUUAAGCAAAAAAUAAUUAAAAAGACGACUUUUACAUCUGUUAACUUCAAACAACUCAAAAAGAUAAAGUACGUUCAUUAUUAUUUUUUAAUUAAAACUGAAAACUUCUUGCCCAUAUCCCGACAAAUUAUUAUCAUACAGAAAGUUAUAACAGUGAACAUCUUUCUCUCUACUCAUUCUUGUCAUAAUCCAGUUUUUCUCUGGCUCAAAUUGAAGUACAACUAAUGUACUUUUCAACACCUUUUUGUUUUGUUUUUUGACAAAUUAGUUUAUGUGUUUUCUGCUGUACAUUGUUUGCCAAGCAUAAGAAAAUAAGUAUGAAUUUUAAGUAUAAUGCCUUAUGUUGCCUUUUACAGUGAUGAUCUUGUGUCAAUAGGUAAAAGUCAGUUCAUACAGAACAAGAACGUAAACGCUUCAAAGAACUCCCUCGCCACGGAUAAAGCGUUUUACACGCAUUUCAAACAUUUUACCACUGAGCAUAAUGGUGUGGGACAGACUGUACUAAAACUCACCACAAUUAAUCGGGCUCUGAUCGACUGAUGAAUGUGGUGUGUUUUCGGACGGUGCACAAUUUCUAAGCACAUUUGGGUUUUGUUUGUUUUAGUUGUGCAAUUCUGGAUCAAUCAAACUCUUACGAAACCAGGAAGAUUUGGGUGGAUUUGGGGUGUACAUAUGUUGAUUUGAGAUAAUAAUACAACAAUAGCGCACCCUCAAACAAAAUCAGAAGUUUAAUUGUUUGCAGUUACUUUUCAUGAGGCAGUAAAAUUUAAACAAACGUCAAUCGUUGUUUUUGUCAGUUGACAAAACAAACAAAUAAAUAAAUAAAAGUAUCUAUUGUGUGGUGAGUUUAAAUGUUUAAUCCCAAAAGGGUGCAAAAAUUACCUAGCUUAAAGGAGAUUUGUUUGAUGACUUUGGUUCUUGUUCUGUAGGGACCUGUAUGAGGAAAAUAAAAAGGGAAACCAGAUUAAUUGUAAAUUGUUAACAAUUGGAUCUGCAUUCUUAUCAAAUAAAUGUAUAUGCCAAAGGAUAAUUCUAAUCUAUAGCAACAACUUUAAUAUAUGGUCCAUGCAAGAUAGUAAGUGGUUUUAAGGUUUAGACAAAAUAUUGUUAGAUUAUCCAUGGUCUGCACUGUACUUUUUAAAGAGGGGCUCCAUUGUCAAGUUAUCUUUUGUGAUGCACUAAUUAUCAAACAGAUAGAGUCCUUAAUGAAAGUGGGAAAAAUGGUGUACAAAAAUCAUUGUAUUUUAAACUCUUUCAGAGCGAAAUUUACAACAUGGCGUCAUUGGACAGCAAAACUAUUGAAUAUGUACAUUCCAAAGAGGGAUUUCUUGCGCCAAUCCGAAGGUCAAUUUCAAUGCCGUUUUGUUUAAUUCAACAACGAACUAAUAAUUAUGUGUACAUACCAUAUAUUUUGGAACGUGACGUCGUGGAACAUUUUUUAUUUUGGGAAACAAUUGCACCAAAAUAAGAGACUUGCAAAACAUGUGAAUAAAAAAAAACAGCAUUUGACCUUGCAGACCCUUAAAACUAGAGGGUACAAAUGUACCCAUCGAUGAUCAUUUCAAACAGCACAUUUUAAAACAGUCGUAUAAUUACAGCACAUUUUAAUACAGUCGUAUAAGUAUAGCCAAUGUAAAGUGCAUGAUUUCUAAUACUUGGGACAAAUGAAUUCUUCCACUAUUUAUGCCAGAAGUCGUACCUUGAGAAUCCCGGCCUUAUCUAAUUCUUGUUUGAUAAAACUAUGUCUCGUUUAUUGCCACUAUUUCUGCCAUACAAAUGCAAAAAUUUUAAUCAAAGUUAAUGACAUUUUUACAGCACUUUUCUAUUAAGAUUAUAAAGAAUGUAAUCUUUGUUUAAAAACUCCCAACUGUUUUUUAAACCGACCCUACGAUUGGUACACUGUACGCUAAACUAUGUUCUGAAAGAGCAAUUAACUGUAGGCCUAAUGAUAACAUUUAAACAAAUUAUUCUUAAUCUAGGGGGCCUUUUUCAUUGGUAACCGGUACCAAACUAGCAUGUUAUGGAGGUCAAACCUCACAUGUUGCUUGGUACCUGUGCCAUAUCCACUCUGUAUUAAGCGAGUGUUACUAACUAUAGGUGCUUUUUUAGAAAUACAUUAGUUUUAUCUCUUUCUUUGUUUAAUAGAUUGAAUACCGGUUAAACCGGAUGACUUUCUUAUUUAACCUUCAAAACCAAAUCAGUAAUAAUAUACAACUUUCUGAAAGUGUAACUUUCCCAUUCACAUUGAUAAGUACUUGUGUUUACGAUCAGUAACAAUUCCAUCCAUUCUUCAAAAGUUCUGAAUGGAGCUUUCAUUUUCUUGCAAUCACGCUUGGACAAAUUACUAAGUGCAAUUUGAAUGAAUGUGGUGCUCAUCACUUAAAUCACAUAUCCGAUUAAUUAUUCAAAUGCUGACAUUACAUACAUAAAUGCCGUUACAUGAAUGCCAGGAAUGUAAUUCUUGACAGACGGAAAAAACGGAGAUAAUUCCAGUUGGAAAGAUUCUCGGAGACAAAAAUGAAGCCAUGUUAAAAAGCCUAUUAUUCUAAGUACAAUGUAGUUAUCUAGUUUAAGGAAGUGACACAGCACUAGAGAAAUCUGUAUAUCAAAAUUAUCAAUUAAGGCAAAUACAAAUUGUGAAUAAUAACAAUAUUCAGCGUGAAACAAACUUUUUGAAAAAAAUUAAAACAUACAGUGUUGAAAAUUCAAAAGCUACAUGUAAGAUGCCUAUUAAGCAAGUAUAC